UACUAUGUAUUUCUGAUUGAACUUCCAGUAAUUAACCUUUUAAGCUUCCAGUUCUUUGUUGGCAGACAGGAGAAAAUAACUAGAGGGAUGUGGAUUGCUUGUGGUUAACUAGGACCUGUUAAUCUGGUUAAUUUCUUUUCUCCCAUGCUCUUGAGAAAAGCAUUAUUCUUGGAUUCCAGGUGGCCAACAGAAGGUUCAAGCUUUUAUUUAUUUAUUUAUUUGUUUAAUUGAGGUCAUAUUGGCUUACAACAUUGUGUAAAUUUCAGGUGUACAUCACUAUAUUUCUCUUUCUGUAUAGACUGCAUCAUGUUCACAACCAAUAGUCUAGUUUUUAUUCAUCAGCAUACUUAUGUGCCUCUUUACCCCUUUCGCCCUGCCCCCACCCCAGGAAGGUUCAAGCUUUUAAAUCCACAUUGAUUCAGUGAUUGGAAAGAAGUAGGAAUUUAAACUGUCCUUGGGCAUCAGUUGCCCCUAUUGGCUCACUAAUGGCCUACUUGUUACUUUCUGAACUGGUACAGACACAGCUAAGAUUCAUUCAUUCUUUCAUUCAUUCAGCAAACAAAUCUUGAGUGCCUACUGUGUUCCAGGUACUGGACAUUGACUUUUAACUGUUAGUCUCCAUGCUACCUUAGCCUUGAAAUGGAUCAACAGACAAGAGACCUUCAUUGGGAGACACACACCACUUCAGAGAAGACCCGGAUGCAAAGCCUACAGCCUGACCCAGCUGCCCGAUAUCGAAAUGUGUUGGAGGCCCUUUGGAGGAUUAUAAGAACGGAGGGCCUGUGGAGGCCCAUGCGGGGGCUGAACGUCACAGCAACAGGCGCAGGGCCUGCCCACGCCCUCUAUUUUGCCUGCUAUGAAAAGUUAAAAAAGACAUUGAGUGAUGUAAUCCACCCUGGGGGCAAUAGCCAUAUUGCCAAUGUUGUUUUCUCCUUUGCAGGUGCGGCGGGGUGUGUGGCAACAUUACUUCAUGAUGCAGCCAUGAAUCCCGUGGAAGUGGUCAAGCAGAGGAUGCAGAUGUACAACUCACCGUACCACCGGGUGACAGACUGUGUUCGGGCAGUGUGGCAAAAUGAAGGGGCCGGGGCCUUUUACCGCAGCUACACCACCCAGCUAACCAUGAACGUUCCCUUCCAAGCCAUUCACUUCAUGACCUAUGAAUUCCUGCAGGAGCACUUUAACCCCCAGAGACGGUACAACCCCAGCUCCCACGUCCUCUCCGGAGCCUGUGCAGGAGCUGUAGCUGCCGCUGCCACAACCCCACUGGACGUUUGCAAAACACUGCUCAACACCCAGGAGUCUCUGGCUUUGAACUCAAACAUUACAGGACAUAUCACAGGCAUGGCUAGUGCCUUCAGGACGGUGUAUCAAGUAGGUGGGGUGACUGCCUACUUCCGAGGGGUGCAGGCUAGAGUAAUCUACCAGAUCCCCUCCACAGCCAUCGCAUGGUCUGUGUACGAGUUCUUCAAAUACCUAAUCACUAAACGGCAAGAAGAGCGGAGGGCAAGCAAGUGAAGUAGCACUGAAAGAAGCCGGGGGUUCAGACAACACUGCUGUGUCUGCCGCUCCAGCCACAUUCUCUGUCUCCUGGCACGCUCCAGCCCUGAUUGGAGUUGGAAGGAAGGGAGAGGGCUCUCCCCAGGCUAUUGGUGUUUUGGCAAACACCAGUUCCUACCACCUUUCCUUCCAGGCCCUAAACAUGUGCAGCAGAGCACACUACAGCACCUUUGACAACCUCUCCAUCCUGGGCCUGAUGACCUGCUCUCGACUGUUAUAGAGGGAUAAGCAGCUCAUUCCCCUGGUUCCUAAUAAAAAGCCCUUAA